AUGGAAAAAUAAAUCAAUAAAGAUUAAAAUAUUUAAUAAAUUCCUUAAGAGUCUUUAUCUGGAAUCUGGGAAAUUGUAAAAUCAGAAGUUGGGCAUUAGAAAAAUGAUAAAGAGUUAGUCUUUGACAUUGAUAAAUUGAGUGUAAAAAAAGCUAGGGAAUUAGAAAGUUAUAUAAAAAGAAAAUAGUGA